AUGGCUCCCGCCCGCCGCGUUCUCGCGGUUGCGCUUGCGGCCCUGCUCGGCGUCUCUCAGGCGUCUUACACCGAGCAGCCUGCCUGCCCCAAGCCUUUCCCUCCUUUCCAAUGCGCCGGUUGCGUUGCUAGCAAGGAUGGCAGCAGCCCCUUUGACUUCCGCUCCUCUGCUGAUCAGAACUCCAUGACUGUUGCCAAGUGUACUGCUGUUUGCAAGGGCAACUCUUACCGUUAUGCUGCUCUCACCUACUAUGGUGUCUGCUACUGUGGUAACAUCGAGGGUGGCCAGCAGGUCCACGUCAACCAAUGCAACUACAAGUGCAGUGGCGAUUCCUCCGAGUCUUGUGGUGGCCAGAACGCCUUCUCCGUCUGGGAGGAUCCCACCUUCAACAAGGGUCCGGAUGAGGUUACCACCGCCGACUACCAGGCCCAGGGCUGCUACACCGACAACAGCAGCCACGGCCGCACUCUCGGCCACCCCGCCAACGUUCCCAACCUGACGCCCGACAAGUGUAUCUCUACCUGCAAGGACCAAGGCUAUGCGUACGCCGGUGUUGAGUACGGUGGCGAGUGUUGGUGCGACUCCAACCUCAACCCGUACGCUAACAAGGCCCCCGAAGCCGAGUGCAACAAGCCCUGCAACGGCGACAGCUCCAAGCUUUGCGGUGGCAGCCAGCGCAUUAACGUCUACUUCGCCAAGGACCUCGCCUCGACCGAGCCCUGCACCGUCGGCCCCAACCCGUCCUCCAGCGUCGGCCCUUCGAGCUCCGUGCCCGCUACCAGCACCGGCCCUGCCUCUUCCACCGGCCGGGCUUCUAGCACCGGACCUGCCUCCAGCACUGGUCCUGCUUCUUCCACCGGCCCUGCCUCUUCCACUGGACCUGCCUCGUCCACUGGCCCUGCUUCCAGCACCGGUCCUGCCUCCAGCACCGGUCCCGCCUCCAGCACCGGUCCUGCCUCCAGCACCGGUCCUGCCUCCAGCACCGGUCCUGCCUCCAGCACCGGCCCUGCCUCCAGCACCGGCCCUGCCUCUAGCACUGGCCCGGCUUCUAGCACCGGACCUGCCUCCAGCACUGGUCCUGCUUCUUCCACCGGCCCUGCCUCUUCCACUGGACCUGCCUCGUCCACUGGCCCUGCUACCGGCCCUGCCUCCUCCACCGGACCUGCCUCGUCCACUGGCCCUGCCUCUAGCACCGGCCCUGCCUCCAGCACUGGACCUGCUUCGAGCACCGGCCCUGCCUCGUCCACUGGUCCUGCCAGCUCGACUGGUCCUGCCUCUUCCACUGGCCCGGCCACUUCCACUGGUCCUGCUAGCUCGACUGGUCCUGCCUCGUCCACUGGUCCCGCCAGCUCUACUGGCCCUGCCAGCUCGACCGGCCCAGCCUCGUCCACUGGUCCGGCCAGCUCUACUGGCCCUGCCAGCUCGACCGGCCCUGCCUCCUCUACCGGUCCCGCCAGCUCGACCGGCCCUGCCUCCUCCACCGGACCUGCCUCGUCCACUGGCCCUGCCUCUAGCACCGGCCCUGCCUCCAGCACUGGACCUGCUUCGAGCACCGGCCCUGCCUCGUCCACUGGUCCUGCCAGCUCGACUGGUCCUGCCUCUUCCACUGGCCCGGCCACUUCCACUGGUCCUGCUAGCUCGACUGGUCCUGCCUCGUCCACUGGUCCCGCCAGCUCUACUGGCCCUGCCAGCUCGACCGGCCCAGCCUCGUCCACUGGUCCGGCCAGCUCUACUGGCCCUGCCAGCUCGACCGGCCCUGCCUCCUCUACCGGUCCCGCCAGCUCGACCGGCCCUGCCUCCUCCACCGGACCUGCCUCGUCCACUGGCCCUGCCUCUAGCACCGGCCCUGCCUCCAGCACUGGACCUGCUUCGAGCACCGGCCCUGCCUCGUCCACUGGUCCUGCCAGCUCGACUGGUCCUGCCUCUUCCACUGGCCCGGCCACUUCCACUGGUCCUGCUAGCUCGACUGGUCCUGCCUCGUCCACUGGUCCCGCCAGCUCUACUGGCCCUGCCAGCUCGACCGGCCCAGCCUCGUCCACUGGUCCGGCCAGCUCUACUGGCCCUGCCAGCUCGACCGGCCCUGCCUCCUCUACCGGUCCCGCCAGCUCGACCGGCCCUGCCUCCUCCACCGGACCUGCCUCGUCCACUGGCCCUGCCUCUAGCACCGGCCCUGCCUCCAGCACUGGACCUGCUUCGAGCACCGGCCCUGCCUCGUCCACUGGUCCUGCCAGCUCGACUGGUCCUGCCUCUUCCACUGGCCCGGCCACUUCCACUGGUCCUGCUAGCUCGACUGGUCCUGCCUCGUCCACUGGUCCGGCCAGCUCUACUGGCCCUGCCAGCUCGACCGGCCCUGCCUCCUCUACCGGUCCCGCCAGCUCGACCGGCCCUGCCUCCUCCACCGGACCUGCCUCGUCCACUGGCCCUGCCUCUAGCACCGGCCCUGCCUCCAGCACUGGACCUGCUUCGAGCACCGGCCCUGCCUCGUCCACUGGUCCUGCCAGCUCUACCGGUCCUGCCUCGUCCACUGGUCCGGCCUCUUCCACCGGUCCCGCCAGCUCGACCGGUCCUGCCUCGUCCACUGGCCCUGCCUCGUCCACUGGUCCUGCCAGCUCUACCGGUCCUGCCUCGUCCACUGGUCCGGCCUCUUCCACCGGUCCCGCCAGCUCGACCGGUCCUGCCUCGUCCACUGGCCCUGCCUCGUCCACUGGUCCUGCCAGCUCUACCGGUCCUGCCUCGUCCACUGGUCCGGCCUCUUCCACCGGUCCCGCCAGCUCGACCGGUCCUGCCUCGUCCACUGGCCCUGCCUCGUCCACUGGUCCUGCCAGCUCUACCGGUCCUGCCUCGUCCACUGGUCCGGCCUCUUCCACCGGUCCCGCCAGCUCGACCGGUCCUGCUUCGAGCACCGGCCCUGCCUCGUCCACUGGUCCUGCCAGCUCUACCGGUCCUGCCUCGUCCACUGGUCCGGCCUCUUCCACCGGUCCCGCCAGCUCGACCGGUCCUGCCUCGUCCACUGGCCCUGCCUCGUCCACUGGUCCUGCCAGCUCGACUGGUCCUGCCUCUUCCACUGGCCCGGCCUCUUCCACCGGUCCCGCCAGCUCGACUGGUCCUGCCUCGUCCACUGGCCCGGCUACCUCUACUGGCCCCGCCUCUUCCACUGGUCCUGCCAGCUCGACUGGUCCUGCCUCUUCCACUGGCCCGGCCUCUUCCACUGGUCCCGCCAGCUCGACAGGUCCUGCCUCGUCCACUGGCCCGGCCACCUCUACCGGCCCCGCCUCAAGCACCGGUCCUGCCUCGUCCACCACCCCGGCGCCCAGCACGACUCCCGCCACCACUCCUUGCAAUCCUGGAUCUGCCAGCUGCACUACCGUUCCUGGUGGCCCUGAAACCUGCCCUCCGGGUACUUCUAACAGCUGCACCCCCACCGCCCCUCCCUCAAGCACCGGUCCUGCUUCUUCCACGACCACUCCCGUCAUCCCUCCCUCCAGCACUGGCCCCUCGUCUACUACUUCCGUUACGGUCCCUACCACGACGCCUCGCCCCUCCUCCACUACUCCUCCUACCACGACUACCAAGCCUUCGACAUUCACCACCUCCACUCUGUGCCCUGUUGUGAUCACGCCCACUCCCUCGGCCUGCGCCAACAAGUGUGGAGACUGGUGCCCCAACCCUGAGCCUGACUGGAACGAGGGUGUCGGCUGUCUUGCCGCCGCUGCUUCUUGCGCUGUCCAGGUUCCCAUCUGCUUCCUGCACGCUGGUCUCCAGAACACGGCCGGCUGCUUCGACUACGCUGCUCGCUGCAAGGCCAUCAAGCUUUGCUGUCUCAGCUGUGUCAAGGGUGGCUGCAGCAAGAAGACUUGCGGCAUUACCAACAAGGAGCCUCCUACGCCCACCACCACCACUCUCCUGCCCUGCACUGGCACUCCUACCCCCACGCCUACCAAAUGCCCUCCCAGCCCCGAGAACAUUUGCGCCGAGGGCUCCAGCUGGCUCCACAAGUUCGGCCCCGGCAACCCGGUCUGCGGCAUCCCCCUGCCUAUCGUCUCGUGCAACGACGACUCCAAGACCUUCAACAGCGGCGCCUACAAGCUGUACAACAACUCGAACACCUUCAAGUGCCCCAUCUUCCCCAAGCCCGGCGUCAGCAACGCUUGCCAGGCUGCUUGCAAGUACCAGCUCGACCAGUGUCUUGCCGCCAACGAUCUCACCUGCCUUUUCGACAAGGCCAGCGGUCUUCUCGGCCGCGGCCUGGAACAGUCUCCCCGGGAUACCAAGAGCCACGACAAGCGCACUCUUGGUCUCAUCAAGGACCUCAUCUGCAAGAAGCAGUACGCGGCCUGUGUCCUGGCCAACAAGAGCGUCGAUACCAGCCGAUGCAAGAACUACUGCGACAAAUAA